GGAAGGAAGAAGAGAAAACCUGGGGAGCCUCCUUUGAUAAAUGGCUGGAUUCCUUUUUUUGGAGUAGCCUUUAAAAUGAAAAUGGACCCCUUAAAAAAGAUCAAAGAAUAUCAGAAAAAAUACGGAGACUUAUUUACCUUAUACAUUAGUGGAAAAUACUUUACUUUUGUAUUGGAUCCAUUUCAAUAUCCACUGGUGUUAAAAAACCAUAAACAAUUUGAUUUUUCCAAGUUUUCAAAUGAAAUAACACACAAAGUUUUCACAGUCUCAGGUCUACCACAAGUGAAAGAAGAAAUGAAAGAAAAUUAUAAAUAUCUACAAAGUAAAUUUUUAGAGAAACCUAUUUAUAAUUUAAUGCAGAAUCUGCAGCAUAUCAUGAAAAAGCAACUUUUGCAAGCCAAAAAUUGGGAAACAAGUCAAUUGUACAAGUUUUGUAAGUCAAUAAUGUUUGAAGCCACAUAUGUAACACUCUAUGGAAAGGAUCCUAGUCCAAAUUCAGGUGAAGUUAUCCGUGAAUUAAUGGAACAUUUUGUCAAGUUUGAUAAUGAAUUCUUGAGUUUUUUGUUUCCUGUACCAACCUUAUCACUAAGAACUGCUAGGAUGAGUCGGGAAAAGUUGAUACAAAAUUUUGCAUCAGAGCACAUGUCCAAAUUGCUGGAAACAUCAGAAAUUAUCAGUAGUAGAAGAAACUGUCUUGAAAAAUAUACAGAGCUUCCUGAUCAUGAAAAAGGAGCACAUCAUCUUGCCUUUCUGUGGGCCUCUGUGGCAAACACGAUUCCAACUACAUUCUGGACAGUGUAUUAUCUUCUGCAGCACCCAGAAGCUGUUGCAGUGUUGCGUGAGGAAAUCGACCAUUUGCUGCAGUCAACAGGUCAAAAGAAAGAACCUGAUUUUAACGUCCAGUUCACCAGAGAACAAUUGGACAGCUUGGUCUACCUAGAAAGUAUCAUUUUUGAGACCUUACGAAUGACUUCAGCUUCUGCCAAUUUACGUGUUAAUGAAGAGGAUUUCACCCUAAUUUCAGAAAAUGGAAAAAUCACUCUGAGAAAAGGAGAUAACAUAAUCAUUUACCCACCAAUUCUGCACUUUGACCCAGAAGUCUUUGAACAGCCUGAGGAGUUUAAGUUUGAUCGUUUUGUAGAAAAUGGCAAGAAGAAAACAACUUUUUUCAAAAGGGGACAAGAGCUGCCAUAUUGCCUAAUGUCAUUUGGAUCUGGAAUCAGCAAAUGUCCUGGACGAUUUUUUGCAGUGUUUGAGAUAAAGCAGUUACUGAUUCUCUUGUUUAUGUUUUUUGAUGUAGAAUUAAUUGAAGAGGAACCUCAACAAUUCAGCAAAUCUCGAAUGUUUUUUGGUAUCCAGUGUCCUCAGUCAGAUGUUUCCUUUAGGUACAAGCUAAGAUGUUAAAAAAAAAAAAAGAGGAGGAGAAAAAAGAUGUUUGCUCAAAAUAACACUGUCUUCCUCCCCCCAUCCCAAUUUUUUGGUUCUAUUCUGGAAAUGGAAUUGUGUUGUUCUCCUUGUCUUUUUUUAAACAUGCUUUCAUAUU